AUGGCGUCAACAGCAGGGGCCAACGUUUCAGAGUUCAAAGAAAAAGUAAAUUUGUGGUCAGACAAUUUUGUAGUCAGAAACCUCUGCAGAGUAUUUGUGAUUUCAGGUCUAAUAAUUUUUGCCAUUCUUGUUUUGUUUUUCAAUGAUCCAACAUGUAAGGCUUCAGGGUUUUUGUCAACCUGGAAAAUAAGCCCUUCAUCUUCACAACCUGCAUCUACUGUUGAUGAUGUUCCCACAAAUGUUAGUCACCUAGCUUUUGGUCUCCAAGGCUCUGAGAAAACAUACCACUUCAGAAAGGCUUACUUGGAGGCUUGGUGGAGACCAAACAUAACAAGGGGAUACGUUUACAUUGAUAGAGAACCUACAGGAGAUCUUCUCCCAUGGUCUCCAAAGUCUCCUCAGUAUCGAAUGAAUGAUGAUCUCAGCAAAUUGAUUCAAGAAAUCAGGCCGAGAAGUGCUCUCAUGCCUCGAAUGGUACAUGGGAUAUUGGAAUUGUUUCGUGAGGAACAUGAAGGCAUAAGGUGGAUAAUCAUGGGCGAUGAUGAUACAAUGUUUUUUGUAGAUAAUCUGGUUCAUGUUCUUUCGAAGUAUGAUCAUACAAAGUACUACUACAUUGGGUAUCCAUCUGAAUUUGUUUUGUCCAAUUAUUGGUUCAAUUUUAACCAGGCAUUUGGUGGAGGUGGGAUUAUUCUUAGUUACCCUUUGGCAAAAGCACUUGUAAGAGAUAUGGAUCGCUGCCUCAGGAAAUAUUCAAACCUUUCGGCUGAUCUAAUGACUAUGGCCUGUUUAGCUGAUAUUGGAGCUAAUUUAACACCCCAUAAAGGUGUUCAUCAGAACGACUUAAGAGGUGAUUAUUCAGGUUUCUUAUCAUCCCAUCCCAAAGAGCUCGUCUUGUCUAUACACCACUGGGAUGUGUUAGAUCCAAUAUUCCCUAAAAAAGAUAGAUUUCAAUCAGCACAGCACCUCAUGAAAGCAGGAAAUGUCGAUCAAUCACGCCUGUUUCAGCAAACAAUUUGCCACCAUAGACCAACCAACUGGACAUUUUCCGUUUCCUGGGGAUAUUCUGCC